CCUUUGUUAGCCAUGCCUAGCCUGGUAGUCCCAGGGAUAAUGGAAAGGAACGGGGGUUUCGGCGAUUUAGGCUGUUUCGGUGGGAGCGGCAAAGACAGAGCGCUGCUUGAGGAUGACCGGGCGCUGCAGCUCGCCCUGGACCAGCUCUGCCUGCUGGGGCUAGGCGAGCCUUCCUCCUCCUCCUCCUCCUCGGCCGUGGUGCUGGUGGAGGACAGCAACAACAACAACAAUAACCCGCCGCCGCCGCCGCCGCAGCAGCCCCCGCCGCCGCCGCCACCGCCGCAGCAGCCGCCGCCGCCGCCGCCGCCGCCGCCCCCGGCGGCCCCGAAGGGCUCGGCGGCGCCCAGCGCCGGGGCGGCGGAGCCCAAGUUGUGCGCGCUCUACAAGGAGGCCGAGCUGCGGCUCAAGAGCAGCUCCAACACCACCGAGUGCGUCCCGGUGCCCAGCUCCGAGCACGUGGCCGAGAUCGUGGGACGGCAAGGCUGCAAGAUCAAAGCCCUGCGGGCAAAGACCAACACCUACAUCAAGACCCCGGUGCGGGGUGAAGAGCCGGUCUUCAUGGUGACGGGGCGGCGGGAGGACGUGGCCAUGGCCCGGCGGGAGAUCAUCUCGGCAGCCGAGCACUUCUCCAUGAUCAGGGCCUCCCGCAACAAGGCGGGCACCACCUUCGGCAGCGCGCCCACCCUGCCGGGGCAGGUCACCAUCCGGGUGCGCGUGCCCUACCGCGUGGUGGGGCUGGUGGUGGGCCCCAAGGGAGCCACCAUCAAGCGGAUCCAGCAGCAGACCAACACCUACAUCAUCACGCCAAGCCGAGACCGGGACCCCGUCUUCGAGAUCACCGGUGCGCCGGGCAAUGUGGAGCGUGCCCGGGAGGAGAUCGAGACACACAUUGCAGUGAGGACAGGCAAGAUUCUGGAGUACAACAACGAGAAUGACUUCCUCUCCAGCAGCCCUGACUCCGGCAUGGAGAACCGCUACUCAGAGGCUUGGCGGGUCCACACGCCGGCACCGGGCUGCAAGCCCCUCUCCACCUUCCGGCAGAACAGCCUGGGCUGCAUCGGCGACUGCUCUGUUGACCCUGUCUAUGAGACCCCCCGGCUGAACGACCAAAACGACUUCAAUUACGGUUACCUCUUCCCCAACUACGGUGUGAACAAGCAGGAUCUGUACUACGGGGUGCCAGAGUCAGGGGCCCCGAUGUGGGCUGGGCAGGAGAACACCAACCCUGUCUCAGUGCUCUUCUCCAAGCAGCAGCGCUCCAGCAGCACCGGCACCAUCCAUCCCAACUCCCACCGCUCCCCGUCCUCCUCCAUCCCGGAGCCCAGCCUCUCGGGGCUGCCCAGGCGGUCGCAGGGGGAGCCACUCCAGGGCUUUUCCAAGCUGGGAACGCCCGCAGCCGCCCGGACCUCCGUGGCCAGCAGCCGCGAGUGCAUGGUGUGCUUUGAGAGCGAGGUCACGGCCGCGCUGGUGCCGUGCGGCCACAACCUCUUCUGCAUGGAGUGUGCCGUGAGGAUCUGCGAGAGGACUGAUCCCGAGUGCCCCGUUUGCCACGCGGCAGCCACUCAGGCCAUUAGAAUAUUUUCCUAAAGAGACAGAGCAGGGCGUUGGGGGGGUUGGGGUAGGAAGGGACAGUGGGGGGGGAUCCACGAGAGAAAAAUGAUGAUGAUAAUAAUAAUGAUAAUAAUAAUAA